CGAGAAGUACCCAAGGUCGAACCCGCCGGCGGCGUCGCUUUGAUGCUGGCAAAACUUUCCAGCGCUGGGGUAAGAACGUUCUGACUACGGCGGCCGUAGGGGGAUCUGGGUUUAUCUGAGCACGAAAUCUGGUUUUAGGAAUCCCCGCGGGCAAUAGCAAAUGUUCAGUUUUAGUUGUGAGCCUGUUAGAAUAUUCCAUUAUUAAUGACCUAUGUCAACAGAGAUGGCAUCCCCAGACUCAAAUCACCCUGAUAUGACCUUUGUAGGCCCACAUGGAACUCAUCGAACUAUACACCAUGUUUCAUUUUCAGACUGCCAAAAUGGAUUAGGCAUUAAAAUUAUUGGAGGCUGUCAAGAUCAAUCCAAAGAAGAGUAUGGAAUUUUCAUAAAGGAGAUAUUACCCAAGAAAAUAGCUGCUACGGAUAAUCAGCUGUGUAUUGGAGAUUUGAUUUUAGAAGUGAAUGGCCAAAAAUUAUGUGGUGUAACUAAUGAAAGAGCUGUUGACAUGUUACAGAUGGCAUCAGCAACCAAUCACGUGUCUUUGCUUAUUGCCCGAGAUGAAGAUGCAAAGAAAGAAUUUCUGGCCUUGAUGGAGAAGUACAGUUCACACAGUAACUCCAGUAGGAAUUCCCCAACGCAGCUCCUAACUGGUGUUGAUAGCUUUUCUUCAGGAACGUCUUCAGUGAGUCCUUCACUAUUUCAUCCAAAGGACGCUUUGACAAACCUCCUGGGAAGGCCUGCGGCGGUAACUUCCCUUCAAGCCAUCACAAAUGACAGCAUAUUUCAGAUUAUCAGUGUUUCCAAGGAAACGGGUCUGGGCCUGCAGAUUGUAGGAGGCAUCGACAAGAAUGAAGGGCCCUUGGUGUAUAUUCUGGCAGUUAUUCCUGGAGGGGACUGUCAUAAGGAUGGUCGAUUGAGACCUGGUGACCAGCUUGUAUCUGUUAAUGGGGAAUCAUUGAUUGGAAUCACCUAUGAAGAGGCAAGAAAUCUAAUCAACCAAACACAGCCGAGAUCAAAUACCUCUUGGGAGAUAACUUUCAUUCGACAUGAUUCUGGUUCUGAUGAAGUGGAAAAUAUGCAUCCAUUCUCCAAUCUGCUAAAUUCAGAGAGAUGUGGAUUACAGAAUGAUCUACCCAGCCUCAGUCCAACAUUGUCUUCUAAUGAGAAUGUUGCUGCCGAGAAAUCUGUCCUUGAUAUGUUGAAAACUGAAUUCAAGAAAGGAGAGCAAUUUUCUGCAUUUUGUACAGACAACAGUUCCAUUGAUGUAUCAGCUGGGGCUGUUAGCCCCUCUUGGAGAAUUGAUUAUGGACCACAAAGGAAGAUUUCCCUCAAUCCUUCAGUUCGCCUCAAAGCAGAUAAACUAGAGAUGGCUUUGAAGUAUCUUGGGAUUCAGCCUACAAAAGAAGAGCAAGAAAUCCUAAGGCAACAGCUACCAAGGGAUUCUGAAGGAACAGUUUGUUUUGGAGAUUUUAUUCAGGUGGCAAGAGAUUUAUUUUCUCAGCAGCUGGAUGAGACUGGUCAUAGCCCUGUACAUGAAAUUGCUAAAUUACUAGAUUCACAGCUUGUAUCUUGUGAUCAUUUGGAAAGACAUGAAAUAGAACAACUUAGGAAAGAGAAAAAUGAAGCUUUGAAAGAACUAUGUCAACUGAAGGAAGAAUUGGCAAAGUCAGAAUGUGUGAGAAAACAACUAGCUGAAGAGCUGCAGAUUACCAAACAAGAAGCCAAGGCAUCUGUGGAGGAGGCGAGAACCUUGCGAAGCAGAAUCCAUCUCGCAGAAGCGGCUCAAAAGCAGGCUCGUGGAAUGGAACUGGACUAUGAGGAAGUAAUCAGUUUGCUGGAGAUAGAAAUCACCAGGCUGAAGGCUCAGCUUGCUGAUCACGGUGGCCAAAAUAAAGAGAGUGUGCAAGAUUUAAGAAAGAGAGUUACUGUGCUUGAUUGUCAGUUAAGAAAAUCGGAAACAGCCAAGAAGACUUUUGAGGUGGCAACUGAAAAGUUGCUAGAAUUUGUUGAGACUAUACCUGAAAUGUUAUUGCAUGGCAGUAGUCCUCCAGUCACUUUAAGUGACAGGAAAGCCACAAUCUCUUCAAAAAUGCUCCUUGCACAUCUGGGACGGAAUGGCCACACUCUUGCGGCAUCUCUUGCAACAGAAGCCAAAGAACUCGCUAGAUCUGUCCGGGCUAUUCUAGAAGCAGAUUGUCUGCCUUAUGGGUGGGAAAAGGCGUAUACAGCAGAUGGAAUCAAGUACUUCAUCAACUUGCAGGGAGAAAAGUCAGUGGGGAAGCCAGCAGGAAGUUCCAAGUCCAAGGCCAGCAGGCAGCCAUGUGACACAGACAACAUCCUGGAUCCAUCCUGUCACUAAUGUACUUGCCUUGUCAUGCUUGGAAGGGAACGAGGAUGAUGGUUUCAGAGAACUUCCGGAUCCCCAAACCUGAGACCAUAGAUGAAAAAUAACCUGCUUUCAACAGUUUAUUCAUCAACAGAAAUGAAUUAAAGCUUAGUUAUUGUUUCUGUACAACAGAUUUUCAGGAUAAACAAUUGCCCUCACAAGAUCAGUAUUAUACAGAAGAACCAGUUUCAUAUUCCAAGAGCUUAAUUUUAAUAUUGUUUAUGUCCUUCCGAUUACAAAUUCAUAUUCUUUGCAAAUCAAUCAUAAAUAUCUUCUUGCAUUCCUGAUAAUUAUUGCUGGUAACAGAUGAUAUCUGGCCCAAGAGCUGAAUUGUUUCCUAUUGUACUUUAUUCAAUAGCGCUGAGUCCCUCAAGCUAGUCCUACCAUGAGGUAGAUUUAAAAGACUAGAGUCAGAAAGUUUGGGGUUAUAGAAAGGUAACAAAAACAGUUGUUGAUUUUGGGGCUUUGUUUUGGUGCCUUUGAGUCAGCAUUGAUCCUGAUGACACUUUGGACAAGUCCCUGAAGGCUUUUUGGCAAGAUUUUGGAAGUGGUUCGCUUUUGCCUUCUCUCUGAGAGAGACUGGCCCAAAGUCACCCCGCUGGCUUUGUGCCUAAGGCAAGACUAAAAUUCACAAUCUAGAUUUCUAGCCUUGUGCCUUCACCAUUUCAUUAGAUUGACUCUCCAGUUAUUUACCUAGCUAUUACAUUUUUACUGGAAGGGGUGGGGGUGUCACUUAAAAAUAUACUUCCUAGGAUAUUUUGAGGAAUUUCCACUGGAGUUGGGUAACCAGUCAGCACUAUUUGUUCUCUUAGAUCUGGAAAUAUCAGCCUUUAUACCUGAUAGAGUAAACUGUAGCUCAUCAAAGCUUAUGGCGUUUAAUAAAAUGUGUUAGUCAGAAAAGAUGCUACCAGACUCUUUCUGACACUUUGCCACCAUAGACUAGCAUGGCUGUCUUCUUAAUGUCUCUACCAAAUUAAUGAUGUGGUGUAUCUGUUGUGCAACUCUUUAGUUCCAUACGUUUCCAAACAGUUAUCAAUACAUAAACGUAAGUAAUUAGCAGAGCAGUUUUAACUUAUGCUCAGCUAUAGUAACAUUUCAGCAAUCUGGAGUUGUUUGGGUUUUUUAAAAACCUAUUAAUAGCUCUUCAGAAGUAGGUUGCUAUGUCCAGUGUACUUCUUUAUCCUAGCAUCAUAUUGCUGGCAGUAGUGGGUUCCACUUACAUUCACUACCGGUUCAUGUGCUUGCUUCACUCACAUGCAGCGCUUCUGCUCAUGCACAGGACCUGUGCAUGCGCAGAGCAUCCGUGAUGAUGUCCAUGAAACCCACCACUGAUUGCUGGUCAGAUAAAUUCCAGUCGCUUCACAUUUUUUACUGACGUCAGAUUAUGUUCUGUUAAAAAGCAAAGUAUUUUCCAGCCUUGGCUUAUUUUCUUUUAUAAGUUACAACAUGUAUUUCACUAUGUGGGCAAAUGCAAAUGGAAUAUGUAGUCUUAAAAUAUAGUGCCUUAGCUGUUUGUAAGUAUUAGUAAUGUUCUUAAUAGAUUUUAUAACAAAAUUAGCCUAAAUUUACCCUUUUUUUUUAUUUCCCGUAUUAUAAGCCUUCCCAAUUUUUCACUUUUUCUUUUUGCACAUGAUUAUAAUAAGCUAAUGAGAGACAUUGUAUUGUCAUUGCAUUCAAUCUUAAUAGAUGAAUAAAUGAUAUUUCUUUCACGGU